CCCCCUCCCCGCAAACACCUCCAGGCCCCCAUUUCUGCCUGUCGGACAAACAACGCACACAUGACACGGCCGGACUCUUGUCUUCCUCCUCUUCGCAUGCCCAGUCUGCGAAGAAGACCACCACCACCACCGUGACGCUGCCCACUAUCAUCCGCAGAAUGGCCUCUUCGGUCGCCAGACCCAGCGUGGUUCCGCCCAAGGACCUCGAGAGCUUCCAGCAACACCUGAACAAGUCGACGCGUAUUCUGGCGCUUCUCGGUGCGGGGCUAUCAGCUUCCUCUGGACUACCCACUUUUCGAGGUGCUGGGGGCAUGUGGAGGACGCAUGACGCGACAUCACUAGCAACUCCCCAGGCCUUUGAGCGAAAUCCAGGACUCGUGUGGCAGUUCUACAGCUACCGACGGCACAUGGCACUCAAAGCCAAGCCCAAUCCUGCGCACUACGCCCUUGCCGAAUUGGCGAGGAAGAAGGAGAACUUCAUCACGCUGAGUCAGAACGUCGAUGGCCUAUCACCGCGCGCUCAACACCCCGCCGAACAACUCAAACUCCUGCACGGCUCUCUCUUCGACCUCAAGUGCUCAGACUUCUUCUGCAACUACUCGGAGCGGAAUAACUACACCGACCCUAUUGUGCCUGCACUCGCCAUACCGACCGACGAGUCCGACCCAACUACGAACGCUGCUCUUGCCGCGCGCGAACUAGACAUCUCAGAUAUCAACGUCGAGAUUCCGGAACUCGACUACAAGCACCUCCCUCAUUGCCCUGAAUGCAAGAACGGUCUACUACGUCCGGGUGUGGUCUGGUUCGGUGAAACACUGCCUAAGAAGGUCAUGGAGGAUGUCGAUGAAUUCAUUGAGGACGAACAGGAUAUCGAUCUCAUUAUGGUCAUUGGGACGAGUGCGAAGGUAUAUCCUGCAGCGGGUUAUGUGGACCUUGCGCGCAACAAGGGAGCAAGGGUCGCCAUUAUCAACAUGGACGCCAACGAUGUUCCUGCAGGAGGGCUUUACGAUGGGGAUUGGUUCUUUCAGGGCGAUGCGGCGCAGAUUGUGCCCGAGUUGCUGAAGAGCGUUAUCGGAGAGAUUGAUACUGAGAAGAUGGGUGAUGCUGCGGAAGCGGCUUGAGACUUGCCAGCGCCUUCUGAGGCGCUUGUUGCAAGUCGGUUAUAGAAGUUAGAGAAGAUGGUGGCCUGACUGCACUUGGUCCACUAAUGGUUGAAUUGUUCCAUUGACAAUCACGACGACCUGUGCUGCUUACGCAAGUAUGAACUCAUCUGCAUCCGCCUCAUC